AUGUCGCUUAAGUAUCUACAGAAACACCUGCUGGACGCUUUGAGCAUGAGUAAAAAUGGGACGAGAGAAACUGACAUCAGAUACAUAAUUACCGUACCAGCUAUCUGGGGCAUAGCUGCUAAACAGUUCAUGAAAGAAGCAGCGAUUGAGGCUGGAAUCGUUGGCAACCGUGUAAAAUUGGCGUUGGAGCCGGAGGCAGCCGCGGUCUGUUGUGAGGCCCUCGGUCACACGUUAGCGGGACAAAAGUUCAUGGUCGUCGACAUUGGAGGUGGAACUGCUGACAUAUCUAUCCACGAAAAACAAAGUGAUGGCUCACUGAAGAAUAUUCACGCCCCUAGCGGCGGUCCGUGGGGCGGAAUAUAUGUCGAUGCAAACUUCAUAGCGUUUAUGACAGAAUUAUUUGGGACAAUUGCCAUUAAUGCCUUACAACGUAAAGACAUGUACGAUUACUUUGAUAUGAUCCGUGAUUUUGAGGUAAAGAAGAGGAAAUUCGGGUUUGAUUCUCAGACCGACAUCACAUUUCGCAUCCCAAUGGUACUCAAGGAAAUUUUAUAUGAGCAGCAUCAAUCUUUAUCCGACAGACUGGAAUCUUUGAAAUACGGUAAACGAGUUUUCACCAGAGGAAGAGAUAAAAUUGGUGUCGACUCGUCAAUAAUGCAUAGUUGGUUCUCUGAUCCAGUUUCCAAGACGGUGAAUCACAUAAGCAGUGUUCUAAAAGAAGACCAAAUGAAAGAUGUCGGUCUAAUAAUCUUGGUUGGAGGUUUUGCGGAAAGCCCAUACGUACAGCAGAGGAUUAAGGAAGAACUACAUGGAAAACAGGUGAUAGUUCCUGGGGAGGCGGGUCUCGCCGUGCUGAAAGGAGCCGUGAUGUUUGGACACAAGCCUGACAUCAUUUCAUCCAGGGUUAUGGAUUACACGUAUGGGAUAAGUGUAUGGGGAAACUAUGACGAGAAAAUACAUCCUGCGGAAAGGAAAGUAUACCAAGACGGGAAAUGGAAAGUCAAACACUUUUUCGAGGUUUUUGUAAGAAUUAAUCAAGAGAUGCAAGUUGAUUCCAAGGUGACAAAUUUCACCUACCCUACAAGUGAAUAUAGUGUAAUUAAGAUAUACAGGACAAGAGACAGGGAUCCGGCAUUCACAAACGAUCCUGGAUGUGAACUUCUCGGUAAAAUUCGAAUAGAGAACGACAAAGGCAUUCCUCUGAAGGAACAGUUAAAUAAGACAACGUUUAUGUUUGGAGACACCGAGUUGCAUAUAUUUUGUGAUAACGUUAUGAAUGGCAAAGUAGAGACAUUAACACUUGACUUUACCAAAUAAAACUGUCACUAUAGAUACGCGGAUUUUACCACUUUUGACAGUACUAAUCUGUUACAAUUCAUGAAUAUACGGUUAUUAUUUAUGUUCAGACUGCAUGGUUUGAUAGAAGAACCGAACGAAUUAUUGUCUUUAGAAAGAGCGUAUACAAUACUCCAGUUAAAUAAGCGGUUAUUUAAAUUUCAAAAGUGUGCAUAUUGUGUAAUGUGUAUUUAUCCAAUAUGAACAUUAGGUUAAAAUCAUAAUCCUUUAUACAAAUAGACACACAAGUAAAAAAUGGACCUUGCUUGUAUCCUUUUAUUUAAAAGAAGACUAAUCGAUUACAGCGAACAGGGUGAUAUAUCUUGAAGUUUAUUACUCAUAAAACAUCGAAUACGUUUAUAGUUAUUAAAAAUGUAACAAUACUUUUUUUUAAUUAGCACAUAAAACCACCGUGAAUUGUGAAUAAUGCAUGCUUAAAUUAUUGAGAAUACAUGACUACAUAUCGUUUUGUUUUGUGCUUUUUACUGCAUAUAGUUGUGUAUUUUUAUAGCAUUAAUGUUAUUUCACUUUAUUCGUUUUGCUUACAUUUGAUGUUUAGGAUAGGACAUGCUACAUCAAAUAUCCGUUAAAAUGUAUAACCUGUAAGAGGUACUAGAAUAAGUUCUUUGUGGUUUCAAUAUACUUUAUAGCACGCCCUUAUAUCUUUCGUGUUAAUAACGAACGAAUAUACCAAAAACACAGCAUCUGGUUUGUUUUGGUCGCAAUAAAAUAUAAUUUUUGUCGAUCUUUUCAUAACGAAUUCUAUAGUUCUUUAUA